AUGUGCCCCGCUCCAGCUCCCGCUACCGGCGUCGACCCGGGCCUGCGGUAUGCGGGGCAAACAGCUGGUUCGAUUCCUCAACGGCUCAAAGGUCGACGGACUCUGGGGAUAGCGCUGGGGGAUCUUCAGUCCGGCUUAUUUACUGAGCCUUCCUUUGGUCCUUGCUGCGUAACUGUAGUCUUUCCUGUGAAGCUGUGUCAGGUUGAGAUGGCAUUAGGGCUCCGCGACUGGGCAACUGAAAGAUCUCAAGCAGCGGACCAUUGGUGGUUCUGUUGUGUAAGUGUGUUCCGAUGUAAAUGA